AUGGCGAGAGACUGUGAGAAGCAGCAGCAGAGAAAUGGUGGCACCAGAACUAGGAGACUGGCAGCAGAUCGGGCAGGAAACCUGACAAAAGACCUGGCAGGAGACAGCGCAGACUUGGUGACCUUUGACGAUGUGGCUGUGGACUUUACCCAGGAGGAGUGGACUUUGCUGGAUCAAACUCAGAGAAAUCUCUACAGAGAUGUGAUGCUGGAGAACUAUAGGAACUUGGUCACUCUAGAUUUUCCCAUCACCUUUAACAGAAGCUGA